ACCAAGCCCGCCGUCACCCAUUUCGUCGCCCGUCCUGACUUGCCCAAACCGACAGUCAACCACACAACAAUCAUGUAUCAACUAUCGGAAGAGUCCAAGGAGCGCAUUGCCCGCAUCAUCGAUGUUUCCCGUGUCGCUAUCCACUACGGCUACCUCCCUCUGAUUCUAUAUCUCGGUUACUCGCGAAGCGAGCCUAGACCAUCUCUUAUCCGUCUCUUCUCUCCACUUGCUUAAACACCCCAACGAAGACAUGUCAACGACCAUUUGCAGAAUUUUUGUACAAUACUACGCUCCUAAGCAUAUGGAAUCUCGGGCAUGGUGAUUUCAGCCACUUGAGCCUGCAGGAUCAUUUGUGGCUUGAUGCGUGCACCUACUCUUCUCCUACUUUUCUACUCCAAUUGGCCAUCGGCAGGCGGCUCCUCGGGGCUAUAUAUCUAUAUGAGAACAUUCAAGACAGAUUAAUGUACCCUAAAACAUGACACCUACCGCGGGGGUGUUCAGUCUAGACUGCAGUCUGCCAUUG